CCCCUCCAUCUGGCAGGAGGAAUCGAGAGAGAGAGAGAGAGAGAGAGGAGAGAGGGAGAGAGGAUCAGAGUACGCGUGUAUCCACACGGUUUCGAAUCGGAGGCAAAGGCAGCAUCCCUCCCUCAGUCAGAGGCUGUCGUCACGGCGACAGGAGGUGUCUGCUCCACAGCCGAGAGACGGAAUGCGAGGCGGAAACGGUCGCCGCAGCAACAAGAGCAUCUGAGGACUUCCAGGAUUUCAAGCAGGAGUGGAGAAGCCGAGGCUGCCGGGACUCAAAAAGAAGGGAACCGGGGCCAGUCUUUCAGUCAUUCACCACCACCUCCUCCCUCACUCCUCCUCCUCCUCUGCUGCUGCUUCACUUUCUCUCUGAAGGACAGCUCUGAAUGAACCCUCCUUCUGACGGUGGGCGAGUGUGGCUGGACGGAAAGACAUAAAAGAGUGGGAUCGUGUGUGGGAACGGGAGAGAGACAGAGAGAAGUGGGGGGUGAUUGGGAGGAAGACGGCAUGCGAGAUGGUGACAAAACGGGAAGGAUGAGCCUAAAACUGUAUUCCCGUCAUUCCUCAAGAGGAAGGAAAGGCAAAGCUGCACACACUUUCUGACCAGGGGAGAGGUGAGAGGCGAUACGGAGACCACUGUCUUAAGAAGCGUGUUUCCACGGGUGCUGCUGCUGGGAUUCAAUUCGGUGAGCGUGUUCAUUUGUAUCUGUUCCUCUUUGCUGUGUGUGAUUGAUUUUGCAUAGUAAACCGAAGCUUGAACGAACACGGGGGAGAGAAAGAAAUGACAGGAAGAGAGACGUCACCAGAUAAACAGAGAAAUUGCUCUCCUUCCUGUCUCUCCAGGUGUUGUCGUCUCUGCUGGCUGCGCCUCGAAGGGUCAAGUUCUCCUCGUUUAUUCUCUUCCAAUUCUUCCUGGAGCAAAAGACGUGGAAUUUACCCGCUCGGAUGGCUUUUGAAGAAAGGCUAACAACUGGAUUUCGAAGGGAGCUAGAUUAAGAUCCCUCUUUAUCCAGCCGUUUAACGAAAUGGGUGAGAAAUGUCUCUCUGACCCGGAGGAAAGGAUGCGCCAUUCUGUCUGACGCCCCUCGGGGGGAUUACGUGUGAAGCGUUUAUCAUAACACUUAUUAUCCAGUGCAAGGACAACCGAAGUUGGAAUAUUUCACCUUUUUUUUUACUUCCGAGAAAAAAAGACAAACGUUGCAGAUCUGAAACAAAGAAGCACUUUGGCAUCUUCCUUUUACUUCCAGGAUUGGAUUUUACGUGGAUCGGUCGCUCGUGCGAUUCUCCUUGCCAUGUCUUCAUGGAAGAGAAGAAUUCUGCGUCAUAGACAACCGCUUUCCCUCCAAAGUUACACCUAAGGACUCGCACGUGCACGCUAAACACAUGCUAGGGUGAAAUGAGCCUCGCUUCUUGCGCGUUUCGGUGUGUGUGUUCUUGGAUCUAACAGCCCAAGCGUCCUUCGAUGAUUCCGGCUCCUUCCGCGUCUGUCCCGAGAUGCCCCGCCGUACACAGCAAGAGGAGGCUUGACCCCAGACCCAGCGAGGUCUCUCGGCUGCCCAGGCGUAUUUAAGAUGUUGAACCCUUCCCGCGUGGCCCGAGCCCCAGAUCGGAUCAGUAGCACUGCGGCUCCCGGAGGCCCCAGACAUGGAUCGUGGCUCGGCUCGCCCCUGCCCUCAGCGCUCCGCACCCCGGCCCGUGAGCAGCCUGUGAAGGAUGUCCCAGAGCGGAGCUCCAGCCCGGGAACCCUCUGAGACCCCCAGUCAGAGAGAACAGAUCCGCAGCCACAUGAAGAUGGUGAUCGAGCAGCUGGAAGGAAUCCUCAAGGAGCUGAAAGAUGUGGCACAUGAACUGCGGGAGGUGGUGGGUCAGAUCGACAAACUCACAUCAGACUUCGACUUCGACCUGGAGCCCGACGACUGGACGGUGGCGACGGCCAGCAGCACCUCGAGCAGCGAGCGUGGUUUGGGUGAGGCCUUCAGACUGGACUUCCUCAGCCAAGACAUGCUCUCCGACGGCUGGGACUUCUGCAGCUUCCUCGAGGCCUCCAACCGCAAAGCACAGCGAGAGGAGACGGACGAGGGCCAAGGCAGGCCGGCGUCGUCCACCGCCAGCGUCUACUCGCAGAUGAACGGGGGCCUCCCGGUGCCCAACGGGCCCCUGAUCGUCACCCCGGACUCCUCCAGCGAAGAGGCGUCCAGCUCCACGCACAGCCAGAAGACCAGAGAACGAGUGCGCUUCAGCGACAAGAUCCUCUACCACGCUUUGUGCUGCGACGACGACGAAGACGAGGAGGAGGACGGCGGCCCCGAGGAGGACGAUAAAGGGGACUGUGGGACCCCGGACACAGACAGCGAGCCCAGUCCUGGGGCCUGUUCGCCCGCUGAACACCCGCUGGGCGUCUUUAACUGUCGGGAGACCGCGUCCGCGGGGCCCUCGCCCGUCAAGAUGCCAGCCAUGGGCUCUCACACGUUACCCAGGAAAGGUCUUCUCAAUCCCAAAAAACUGCUUCGGAACAGCAGCACACAGACGGUUUCGGAUAAGAGCACUCAGACUGUACUGCCCUACGUCCCCGCCAAACAGAAAAACAAGGACCUCUGAGAGAACAGCCCACUUUACGUAUACAAAACCCGGACGGACUGAGACAGGAUUACAAAGAACUGUAUACUAUUUAAUAUUAAAUGCAUAGAUCAUAGAUUAAAAAAAACAAAAAAACAAAACAAAAACAAUAAAUGAAUUACUAAAUAAAUUAUAUAUGGGGAAAUUUCAA